CAGGCACCCAACCCCCCCACAUCGUCACGCCUCUUUCUUAGCCCCCGGAUGAAAGGCAUAUGCGAGCUUGGGGAAACAAGCAACAUUCACCGUUCAAGCCAUCCCUUUCUGCUGCGUCUGACGGCCUCGACAUCGUUACCACUAUCACACGCGCGCCUCUCCGUCACUCUUGCUCGCAUUACUGGCCUUGGAUCCUCGGUGCCCGGCAUUACCUUGGUCCUUCUAGUCUCUCUUUGCGCCUCGACAUUCGAGCAUCGCCUCAUGAUUCUCCCUUCAAUGGUCGGCCUCGCAUAAGGCACUGCCUGGCGGCGUCAUCCCGUCAUCAUCCCACCAGACCACUGCCUCUUACCAUUUCCCAUGCCGCUCUUGGUUCGGUCCCGCAAUCGAUUUUCGCUUUGACCGACGCCGCUUAUCCGCCCGUGCCGCCGUCUCGAGGCGUUUCUCCUGCCGGUCGCCGGUCGGGUCUCGAAAGGCCAGUCGGUCACCUUCUCGGCACGCGCGCGCAAACACGUCUUCACGCGAGGCGCCCUGUUUCACAGGGACCCGCGCGGCACUCUGAUCGUCCCCUCGUCACGUCCUCUGCGCAACUUGUUCGUCCUCACGCGACAUUUCUUGUAGUCGGCUGCGCCUGAGCCGCUCUUUUGCGCGCUGUCUACCCCCGUUCCCUGGUUACGCAACCCUGUGCUUGGCGCCAGCCAGUCACCGGAUCGGGCUCCGAAGAACCCUCCACAGUUGAGGACAGCGACCGACACUUGCUGGGACGACGACGGCGACGACGACCACGACGACGUUUUGCCCAACUCCACAUCGCCGCAUUGCCGCUGUAUUUGAGCUUCCCGGG